UUAUGUUCAGCUUUGAGAUAACAACAAACAGAGCAAUACCCAGAAAUCACAAAAGAAAAGAAAAAAAAGAAUAUUGCCCAACUUUUCAGAAACAGAGCAAGAUGGUGAGAGCUCCAUGCUGCGAGAAGAUGGGGUUGAAGAAAGGUCCUUGGACCUCUGAGGAAGAUCAGAUACUGAUCAAUUACAUUCAACAAUAUGGCCACGGCAACUGGCGAGCACUCCCCAAACAAGCCGGUCUACUAAGGUGUGGAAAGAGCUGCAGGCUCCGGUGGAUAAAUUACCUGAGGCCGGACAUCAAAAGAGGAAAUUUUAGCCGAGAAGAAGAGGAUACCAUCAUAAACUUGCACGAAAUGUUAGGAAACAGAUGGUCGGCAAUUGCAGCAAAAUUACCGGGUCGUACAGACAAUGAGAUAAAAAAUGUAUGGCAUACCCACCUAAAAAAGAGGCUAAAACAACACGAAUUAGCCACCCCGGCAGCAACCAAAAGAAGAUCAAAACAUUAUCAGGAGGCUAAAAGCGAACAAGAACCCGUGGAUUUUCCAAACUCCGACAGCCUGGAACACAUACCAGUUUCCCCACAAGAGUAUUCCAGCGACAUGUCGUCCACGGUCACUGUCGGUGACGACAACAACGACAACGACACGUGCCCGAAAGCCGAAUCGCCUGGAAAUUUCCCGGAAGUGGAUGAGGAUUUUUGGUCAGAAGUGUUGUCCACGGAAAGUUCAGAUGUGGUGAUCAGUGACGACUUUUCAGCAGUACUUGGUGGUGAUCAUCCGCAACUUCAAGCUCCAUUUUCUCCACUAAUGACUAUGGAGCCUGUCCAUGGCUACGGUUCAAAUAUGCAUGAUAACAUGGACUUCUGGUUCAACGUUUUCACAAGAGCCGGAGAAAUACCAGAAUUACCAGAUUUUUGACUUGAGCUUUUGGUUGUAAUUUUUUUUUUCCUAUUUGUUUUAAUUUCCUCGUGGGAAAUUGUUAUAAACUAUAUGGCGGUCCAAUUUGUUGA